UGUUGAAAACGCUCCAAGUUCGUGCAUUGUUGAACUUGGAAAAAUAGAGGAGUUCUACUUUAGGAAAGUUAUUUUGGAUUUAUUUACCCACUACAUCAUGGCAUAUAAAGCGCAGAAAGUACAGAAGGUUAUGGUUCAACCAAUUAACCUCAUAUUCAGGUACUUGCAAAAUCGAUCGCGAAUCCAAGUUUGGCUUUAUGAACAAACAAACAUGAGAAUUGAAGGACAUAUUAUUGGAUUUGAUGAAUACAUGAACCUUGUGCUUGAUGAGGCUGAAGAAGUUCAUUUAAAGAGGAAAACAAGAAAAUCUUUAGGACGUAUUUUACUAAAAGGAGAUAACAUCACACUGAUUAUGAGCGUCGCAACGGCAGCACCGACACAAUAACCGCCAAUACAAGAAAGAGAAUAACUCAUUCGUACAUUUUUUAUUCGUUGUAUGACUUGUAUCGUAGCUGCGGAGGUGAAGUAGAGUAUUAUUAGGGACUUAAGAUGCACCAAGUGAAGUAAUACUGUCUUCAUUUCAACUGUUCCACAACAGGAAUAUAAAUUAUGGACUCUUUCUAAGGCUGGUUUUCAUAUGUCGGCGACCGUCGGCGAUGUAUUUUUGGCCGGUGACGAAGAAAAUUUGUUCAAAAAAACAAAGCCUUCAUUCAUCAAUUAUCAGCCUAGUUCACGCUUAUCCUAAGAAGCGGGGAUCCCUUUCGUUUGAAUUCACUAGUGCACAAAAUGCUCUAUCUAUCGGAAGGUAAUACAAUGGAUCACCGAUGCUUAGGAGCUAUUUUGAAUCAGGCCUAACUAGGUCCUAAGAAUCUUGGAUCUAUUGUAUUAUUAUCCGAUAGACAAAGCAUUUUGUGCAACCAGGCCUGGUUCACACGUGUUGUGAAUUAGGCCUUAACAAACAAGGUCAGAGCUGAUUUCAAAUUACGUUCGCGUCGUAGAUUUGGUGCAUCUUAAGGUCUCUAAUAGCCUCUUACCUCAAGAACGCGCAAGGUACACAAAGUAUGUAAAAGCUGGUAGUUUGUAUGGAAAAGCUGGUAGUUGUCAGCAAACCUGCAAACAAAUGGUUCAGAUGCACUCGGUUUUUCAAGUUCAUAACAUGCGAAAAAGUGUAUUGUAUUGUCAGUUUGGUCAAAUCUUGACGUUCAUUAUUGUAGGGCACUGAAACGCUUUGCUGAAUGCAUGCGUAUAAUUAUAUUUUUACUUCUAAAAUAAAAUAUGAAACUCUGAACUCGCACACUU